CACUGUCAGUCAUCAUUUACCUAACUGAGAUUUAAUGUGUGUGAAAAAAAUUGUGAGGUUUACAUCUUAUUGAAAAUCAAUGAAUUUGUAAAGAAAUUGCAUCAUACAUCUGUUAAGAUAGAUCCAAAUUGAAAGAAUUUAGGUAACUAUCAAGCAUUUGUGGAUUAAUUUAAACAUAUUCAUUAUAACCUAACCAAUUACUUGCCAACACGUUACUUAAGAAAAUGGCUGAGGAACAGUUAAACCACUUAACUCUGAAUGAUGAUGACGAUGUGGUAAAUCCAUGGACUGUUACAGGGAAAUCUGAAACUGGUAUAGAUUAUGACAAAUUAAUAAAAAGAUUUGGCAGUCAAAAAAUUGAUGAUGAACUUAUAGCAAGAUUUGAGAAAGUAACAGGCCAUAAAGCUCAUCAUCUGUUAAAAAGAGGUGUAUUCUUCUCCCACCGAGACAUGCACAAUAUUCUGAACCUGCACGAAGCUGGCAAGAAGUUCUACCUGUACACAGGCAGAGGGCCGUCAUCGGAGAGCAUGCAUCUUGGUCACAUGAUACCGUUUAUGUUUACUAAAUGGCUACAGGAUGUGUUUAACGUCCCUCUUAUAAUCCAACUGACGGACGAUGAGAAGGCUCUGUGGAGGGACAUCAAAAUUGAUGAUGCCCGACAGAUGGCCUUCAACAAUGCCAAGGAUAUCAUAGCCAUAGGAUUUGACACCAAAAACACGUUUAUUUUCAACGAUUUGGAUUUUAUUGGCCAGUGCCCGGCUUUCUACCAGAACAUGGUGCGGAUACAGAAAUGUGUGACAUACAAUCAGGCUAAAGGCAUAUUCGGUUUCGGGGACUCUGACGUCAUCGGCAAGAUCACCUUCCCGUCAAUAGAGGCCGCGCCAGCCUUCUCAACGUCAUUCCCCUUUAUAUUUGAUAAUAAAGUGUUACCAUGCCUAGUGCCGUGCGCAAUAGAUCAGGACCCGUACUUCCGUAUGACUCGCGACGUGGCCUCACGUCUGAAGCUGCCAAAACCCGCGCUCAUACAUUCGUCAUUCCUACCCGCAUUGCAAGGAGCUCAACACAAGAUGUCUGCCAGCGACCCUAAUGCUUCUAUAUUCCUGAAUGACACGCCUAAGCAGAUCAAAAAUAAGAUAAACAAAUACGCAUUCUCCGGCGGGCAGGCGACGGUCGAGGAACACAGGGAGAAAGGUGGCAACACUGACGUGGACAUAUCUUACAAGUACCUGUCGUUCUUCUUGGAAGACGACGAUAGAUUGCUGGAGAUUAAAAAACAAUACGAAAGCGGCCAGCUACUAACGGGUGAGCUGAAAAAGUUGGCCAUAGACACAAUAACCCCAUACAUACAGGCGUACCAGAUGCGGCGGGCCGCCAUCACUGAUGACGUCAUGCGGCAGUACUUCCAACUGAGAAAACUGGAGUUCUAAACCAUAGACUAAAUUAAUUUAUUUUUAUUUUAAGCAUCAAAGCGGCCGUGAGGUGAUUUCGUUCCGAAGAGUUUUUAUAACUCAGUGAAUGAUCUGAUCUGGAUUUUUGGAGCCAUUUUGUUAGUGAUUGAUCUCAGAGUUUGAUCGAAACAAAUUUUAAGUUUUCAAGUAUACUAUUUUGUAACAUGCAGUUGUAGUCUCGAUUAAUUUCCUUGAAAUUAUUUCUGUUAUAAAAGAUUACUACAAAAACUUAACAAUAUUUUUACAUUUCAAUGGAGAAACUUUUCAAUAAAAUUUUCAGAUAUCAAUUCUUUUUUUGAAAUGCAUUUUACAUAUGUAUUUGUUUUAAUGCUGUCUAAUACAAAAAUGCAUUGCUUUGCGGCCAGUUCCUAUAGCUAGCUAGAAUGGUAUUUAUAUAAAAAAAAAACAAAUUUAAAGACUUUUUAUACAGUUAUCCAUGGCAUAAUUUAUUAUUCUAAUAUUGAUUUCUUCUAUUUAUUGCACAAGCAUUUAUAAUUUUUAUUCACCACAAGGAUUCUUUAUAGACUAAAACUACAAAGCAAUUUCAGUCUAUAUAUGUGCGUUCCUAAGUCUGUUUAAAUUGAUAGACCAAUCAGGUUACGAUCACUCAGAAUAAAGAUUUGUGAUUGGUUAAUUUAACUUGUCUGCUUGUAACGAAAUUUACACAUAGUUAUAUUGACUAUUUGCUAAUUCCAAGAGUAUUACUUCGUUUUUAAUAUUAUCAUGACAUUGAAUGUCUGUAUGUUUGUUUGUCGCACGAAUAUAGGCCUUAUUUAUACUUUGUGAAAGCGGCUGUGCUUAAAGCAUAACAGUAUUGUGAGUUUACUGCUAAGGAUAAUAAAAUCUGUCAUUUUAAUAUUAA